UGAAAUUGCAAUCUGUAGUCAGAAAACUGGGAUCCAAGUUACAAUCUUUUCAAGAAAUCUCUCCUCGCUUUGGCUUCUUGCAUCAAGUCUAGAUAAAGCAACACUGAUUUGGACCGAACUCUGACAGUGUGGAAAUGGUCUCGCAUCUUUUCCUCCUCUACCUGCUUUCAGGAGGGUUUGCUUAUACUGCAUCCCUUCAAAACUCAACACUACUACGGCUGAUGGAGAAACUACUGACAAACUAUAACAAGGGAGUCCGACCAGUCAAAAACUGGACACAACCUACAACCAUAUACAUUGACUUCAUCCUUCAUGCUGUGCUGGAAGUGGAUGGCCAGAACCAAAAGCUGAGGACAAAUAUCUGGUACCAGCAGAUAUGGAUGGAUGAGUUCCUCAAGUGGAAUCCUACAAGUUUUGAUGGCAUCAAUGAAAUCUCUCUGCCCAUUGAAUCUAUUUGGAUCCCUGAUGUAUUAAUCCAGGAAUUUAUUGAUGUGGGAAGAUCACCUUACAUGCCCUACGUGUAUGUGAAUUCCUCGGGGCAUAUUAAGAACUACAAACCAAUACAAGUCGUCUCCGCCUGCAGACUGGAGAUAUAUGCAUUCCCAUUUGACAAACAGAACUGCACCUUCACAUUCUGUAGCUGGCUGCAUACAGUAAAUGACAUCAAUCUCAAGCUUUGGAGAAGCCAUGAAGAGAUUGAGAAUAACACCAGUGCGUUUGUAGAUGACGGUGAAUGGGAACUCCUCUCUGUACCAUCCAAAUAUGAGACGUUGUAUAAUGAAGGGAGGGAAUAUGCUCAAAUUCAGUUUAAUGUCGUAAUAAGACGAAGGCCAUUGCUUUACGUGGUCAGCCUGCUGCUGCCCAGCAUAUUUCUGAUGUUGGUAGACGUGACCAGCUACUUCCUGCCUCCGAACAGCAGUGGGCGAAUAACGUUCAAAUCCAGCAUCCUGCUUGGAUACACGGUGUUCCGGAUGAACCUGAGUGAUGACCUCCCUGCUACUGCAAUGUCUACGCCCCUCAUUGGUGUGUUCUUUGCUGUCUGUAUGGCCCUUCUUGUGAUCAGCUUGAUUGAAUCGAUUCUAAUUACCAAGCUCCUGAGCAUGAAUGAGGAAGCUGAACCCAUGACUGCUGUCUCCAAGUGUUGUGUCUCGAAGCUGAUUUCUUCAAAUCGGAGCACCACAGACAGUUUCUGCACUUCACUUAAGACCCAAGAGGGCAUCUGUGAUGACAGUGUUUCUGACAGCGAUACCGAAACUCCUGGACAACAUCAAGAUAAAAUUCUCAACCAAGAGGCCCAAGCUUUGCAGAUCAAAGAGCUCCCUGUGAAAGAGAUACUAAAGGAGAUUUCUUCAAUCAAAUUCUACUUGUAUCAGCUAGAAGAUCCGACCAAUCCUAAGAAUGACUGGCUGACAUUUUGUUACAGAUUUGAUACAUUUCUUUUCCGUGUGUAUUUGGUGAUACUUGGAGUUUACACCAUUACAAUGAGUACCCUCUGGCUGAUAUGGAGUAACCCUUAGACCUGAAGUAUUAAAGCUCAGAGACUGCAGGCUGAACCACCAAAACAGUCAUUCUGCAUUUGCCCCUUUCCAAUGUUUCUUGUUCUGUUUGCUAAAAUUUGGACUACCUGGGAUUUUGGGAGGAAGCUAACUUGAAAGAGGAAGGGUCUGCUGCUGAGUGAAGAAUGUGUUCAGUCCAAAUAGUCCAUUUGUGAUUAGACCCCAAGAUGAUUUGAGAAGUUGGUUAGGCAUUUGCACGUUUCUUUUUUCAUCUCAUUGGAGAUCAGCCAGUAUAACAAUGACACCAAAUAAGUCAAUUUCUCCAGCACUUUUAAUAUCGUGAAACAUCCCAAAGCAUUUCACUGAAAGACAAGUGACUAAAAUCCUGGUCAGAGACACUACUUUUAACAAGCAUUUUAAUGGACACGAGAAAUAUGAGGAAAAUCAUGGAGGUAAUUCCAAAAUUUAAAGUCAAUUCAGCUAAAAGUGCUUACAUUUAUCUUGAAACCAAUUUGCUUUGCCUUGCUUUGAUUUUCUUUUCAGUCUCAAAUUCUAGCUGUCACCUGUAUCCUUGUGAGUGGUCAAAGAUGAUGUAACCAAUAACAUCACAAACCAAUCAUGUAGCUGCAGCACAUCUCAGUGUAAGGGGAAGUACUAGGAUGAAACACAUUGUAGCUCUGGUGCAUUGUGACUGCAGCAGGUAAAACACAGAUGUGCCUGUGGCUACCUACCCACGCUAUAAUCUGGAAACCCAGCCAAUUAAACAAUACAACACAAGCCAACUUUUAUUCAGUCUUGUACUUAUCCACAAAGUGAAACAUUCUAGCAUAUAUCUCCUUACAUGACAUUUUAAUGAGUGUAACUUUAUACAUGCCCAUGUGAAACCCCAAUUUAUGCUUCCACCUGCAUAUAAUUAAGUAUAAUAGAUAUUCAGUUAACAACAUACACCAUUAGUAUGCAACAACAGGUUGCAUUUAUGUGGCAGCUUUGAUACAGUAAAAAUAUCUUAAGGUGUUUCACAACGGAGUGUUAUCAUUAAGCAUAUUAUGAAAUAUUAGGGCAAGUUACAAAACCUUUCGGUCAAAGAAAUAAGUUUUAGAUGACAUCUUAAAAGAAGAAGAUUGAUAUAUGAGCUUGGAAGACUUAUGGUGCUGGGGGUGUUUCUAGAGUCAGGAGAUUAGAUUCUAAGGUUUGCUCCCAAUCAAUUCUGUAAAGUAACCUUUUGCAACAUAGUUGUAUUUAAAUACUUAAUUUGUGGAAUUUCCCAUUUUUGACAUUCAGCCUCAAGGGAAAUUCAGUCACAAAAUUUUUUUUUUCCAAAUUCCAAUUGAGAUUUUGGUGUUUCAGUUUUCAGAUCUGGAAAUCUGAAAUGAUGAAUUGGGAUUUCUCCAGUCAGAGAAUAGUCUGUCUGGGUGUUUAUGUGAGGCAUGUGAUAAAACAAAUAUGAAAUACCUUAAAUAUCUAGUCAUCAUUUUUUACUGUGAGGUGGAAACCAAAUCAAAACUGAAUCAUAUGCAGAGGUUUGGGAAGUAAUCAUUUCAUUUAGAGUCAAUUCAUGCUAAGAAAAACAUAUAUGUAUCAAAUGUUCAUAUCCCUCUGAGCAAAUAACUCCUGUACUUUUGUACUUGAGUACAUGUGACAAUGUAUCAAAUCAAAUCAAAUUGUAGGAAGAUCCCAUAUGACAAUUGGAGAGAGCUUCAGUGUUGAUGUGGGAGGAAAAGUGACUCUGGAUUAGUCCUCUGUGCUCACUGCAUCUGGCCAGAUUGACCCCAAUGUUGUUUCCACAUCCGGCAUGUUCUCAUGUUCCUGUAUUAAAUGAGUACCCCUGCUUGCAUGUACACUUCUAGCCUUUGUAAAGGAACUCUCAUGUGUUAACUAAAUAUAUGGGAAAAAA